AUGCCUCCCUCCACACCGCAGCCUCAAGACGAUUCCCACCAACAACUGCUCGACCAGAUGGACAUCUAUUACACGCCCAAGCCCUUUCGCAACCCGCACUGGAAACCCAGCACGCGGCGGAACAAGAACACCAAGCAGAUCAUAUCGGAGUCGCAAAGGAAGGAGGCUUCUGUGCUUGCGACCCAGAACAACUCCGGCGCAUCGACACCCUUACCCGCCACGGGCGCGAAUUCAGAUGGCGCAUCCACGCCUGCCUAUCCCCCCUCUUCCGCAGCGGCCUCCAAACCUCUGAACAUGGCCCAGGCGACUCAAAGCUUGAGCACCCUGGUUCUGGAAAGGAAUUUGCAGAGGGAGAGAGCGUCGAAUAUGGCACUUCUGGGAGUGAGUGGGAUGGGAGGGCCCGCUGUCACCUACACCAACAUCGAGAGCGCUCCGAGUCUACAUCCUGCAAACCACAAGCACUAUUGUGACAUUACCGGCUUGCCGGCGAAGUACACGGAUCCCAAGACAAAGCUGAGAUACUACGAUCAGGAGAUCUUUGCCGUGGUGAGGAGUCUGCCACAGGGUGCGCCAGAUCAAUAUCUUGCGGCCAGAGGAGCGAAUGUUGUCCUCAAUCGACGAAGUCAGAGUCUAUGCCCGGUGUUUGCCAUCACCGCAAAGCUGGAGAUGUUUCAGCGCCUCAAGGGCGUCAUAGACAGCCACAUUGCAGAAGAGCAAGCGCGACAACGUCAGGCUGCCAACAGCGCCCAAGUGGCCAGGACUCCGCAGAAGCGGCGCCCUCAAGCUCAGAAUGGCAGCCGCCAACGGGCUGGCUCCCGCCUGAGAGAAACACAACCCGAUGCCUCGACCGACAAAGGGCCAGAUCCCUCCGAGUUCGAACCGGAGUUCGCGAUCGGAGACGAUGACAGCGCGGUCCCAAGCAGGGCAGCCACCCCGAAGCCUGAAGGACCUGGCAAGGAGAAGGAGCAAGUCAAGGAGAGAGACAUACCAGCCUCCGAAGAUGGAUUGGACACACAAAGUCUCGCCGAACCCGCUGACGGCAAAAUGUCAGAUGCCAAUGGCACCGCGACGAACCCCUUACGUCCUCACGAUCUCCCUACGGAAGUCCGGGUGAAGCUGCGCAGAUUGGACCGGAUGGAGUCGAAAUAUGCCGAAUUGCUGAAAGCUUACAGAACGGCCCAUGCGCGGGUCCAGGCCGUCGAGUCUUUUGAAGCCUCCCUGCGCGAGAACACUCCCCUGACGAGCAUCAACGACCCCGGCGCAUUGGUCGAGUACUUGAAUCAGAUCAACCUCAAGAGUGACAUGGUUGUGGACGAGUUGAAACGGAUAACAUCUGACAGGGACGAGUACAAGAAGAAAUUCCAGGCCGCCGAGGAAGAGUCAAAGGGACUACGAGAAGAAAUAACGAGCAUGAAGAGCAAGCUCGAGACACUGUCUCAACAGCAACCAUCUGAGCACGAGAAGAACCUUUUGACCGGUAGUCCGCAUAUCACUGCAGCGGGUGACAACGCGUCUCUGAAGGACGCGGCGGACUCAGAACACACUGCCAAAUCUCCCACGAGUGCCUCUUCCCGGAUCGCGAGCUUCUCAUUGUUCUCUCCCCGACACAAGGCGGUGGCUCCGCCGAAAGAAACCUCGGAGGAAUUCUUCUCGUUCGAAUCCGAACAGUCCAAGAUGGAAAGUGAGUUACACGAGAGUCAAGCAGAGGUCGAAGAGUUGAAGAAGCAACUCACCAGUCUACAAGGAGAUCUCAAGGUUGCUCGCGAGUCGACCGAAGGCAUGGUGGAAAGCCUAGAGACGGCGACGCGAGAGCUACACAAUCUCCGUGAGGCAAAGGACAAGUUUGACGGGACGAAGAACGAGUUGCAAAACCGUAUUAGCGAAUUAGAGGCCAGGGCUGCCUCAAAUACUGCGCGGACGGAUGAGCUUCAGAAGGAGAUUGACGAGCUACAGGCGAGAAGGCUUGAGGCGGUCUCGCAGGUACAGUCGCUAGAGAAUCAGAUCAGAACGCUCGAAUCGACAAACACCGAGCUUGAAGAACGAAUCGUCUCCAGAACCAAGGAUGCGGAAUUGCUCAGUGAGAAGUUAUCACAAAAAGACUCCAUUGUGAAGGACCUGGAGGAUACUCUGGCAAUGUACAAAUCCGCGGAGAGGCAGGAAGCCGUAAGGAGCCAAGACGAGAAGUCGAGCGAGAAGAAGCUCGCGACGAUGCAAGGAAUUAUGGAUACUCUACGAAAUCAACUGGAAAAAGCCGAAACCACGGCUGCUGAGCUGAAGACCGAGAUCCAAGCUACCAAAGAGGAGUAUUCACACCGACCUUCCACCAAAGUCUUCGGUUUUCUCGACGAGGGGACAAGAACCAAGCUCGACACUCUGCAGACCCGCGACGAUGUGGUGCAGUACCUGUCGGAAAACUUCGGCCUGCAAAAGGCUUCCUCAAACAAGGCCGUUGCAGAAGCAGCGACGGCGUCACCAGCACCGUCAGAAGCGGGCACCGGGGCAUCCAAGAAGAAGAACAAGAAAAAGAAGAAGGGCAAAGGCCAGCCGCAGGCCGCUACAGAUGAUGCAGCAGAAACUGUCACACCAGUCAAAGUGUCUGAAAAUUUGGCUGAAGUGGACGAUGUUGAUGCUAGCGUAUCAGACAAACUACCCGCGGCUGAUGUUUCCAAGCUCGAACAAGAGAUCUCAGAGCUCAAGGCAGAGCUAGCGUCCAAAGUAGAUGCUAUUCAGCGUCUCUCCAACCAAUUGAAAGAUCAGGAAGAGCUGCAAGAAGAGAUUGAAACAUUACGAGACGACCUCCUACAUCAAGGUGAAGAACACGUCGAAGCUCGUGAUGCGUUGAAGAAUGCCCAAGAGCAGAAGACCAAUCUCCAAGAUGCCGUGGACAAACUUGAAAAGGAGCUGCUGGAAGCUCGAGCAGCUAUCGCGGGUGGUGCUGACAAGGAGAAGGCACACCAGGAAAUACUCCAGCAAUACGACGAACUCAAAGUCCGAUGUUCCAAACUGGAGAACGAUCUUUCUGCCUCUGAGCAACUCGCAGCUGGCCGGUUCAAGGACAUCACUGAUCUCAAGGAACUGCUCGCAAAAUCACAACCUGAGCUCAGAAAUCUCCGCAAUGAGGUUGCAGAGCUCAAAGGUGCAAAGGAGGACCUCAAGAACAAGACUGGCGAGUUUAACAGGCUCGAAGCACGACACGAAGAUAUCAAAGCUGAGCUCAAGGGACUGAGCAAGAGACUCGGCGACAAGGACAAUGAAAUCAAAGAACUCCAACAAAAGAUCGAGCAGGAGAUCAGUGCGAGGACCCGGGUAGAAAGGGAUCUCGACCGAGCACAGUCUGAUCUCCAAAUCACGGAGAGCCGCCAUGAAAAAGCUAAGUCACAGUCAGACCAACUGGCCAAAGACCUUGUCAAAGCAAAGGAAGAAUCGACCACACUGAAAACGAAGUUAUCCGAGCUUGAGGAGCAAGUAUCAGUUCAGGCCCGUCAAAUUUCCGAACUGAAAGACGAAAUUUCCCUCAAAACAGCCCUCCACACCUCAGCACAAGCCCUCGUCCAAUCUCUCCGUGACCAGACCCAUGAACUCAAUCUGCAAGCCCGCGAAGCCAAUACACGCGCCGAGAGUCUCGAAGAGGAGCUGAAUGAAACACAGAGAAUGCUCUCAGAACGCACGCGUGAGGGGCAGACCAUGCGCAUGCUGCUGGAUCAAUCCUCGGCAGGCACCGAAUCCCGGAUUCGAGAGAUGAAGGAACGCAUGGACGCGGCUAUCGAAGAAAGAGACAGGGUAGAGGAUGAGGCGAGCGUCAGCCAGCGACGCAUGAUGCGCGAGGUGGAAGAGGCGAGGAGCAAGGCCCGCGAUGCACAACGAUCGCUCAAGAUUUUGGAAGAUGAAAAGGAAGAGCUGGAGAAUAGGCUGAAGGAGUGGAAGAGGAGGAGAGAAGAGCUGGAACAGAGUGCGACACGGGCGGCGAAGGAAGUCGAGGAGGUGAAAGCCGCCAUGACUGGGUUGAGGGAGGCGUUGGAUGACAGCGAACGUCAGGUGAGGGAACUUGAUGUGCAGAAGGCCGAGUUGCGGAGGAUCGGUGACGAAGCCAAAGAGAGGGUCGAGAAAUUGACCAAAGCGAACAAGAAUCUCACCGAGGAACUGAAGGCCGCUCAAGCCAACUCGAGAAUACCGGGCAGACCUAACCUUGGUCGGGUGGAUUCCAAUGCGCCGAGUUCCAGGACGUCUAUCGAUUCUACCAAUGCAAGGUCACCAGCGCCGAAAGAGCGACCUCUCUCCACGACGACCAGUCGCAGCGAAACCCCCAGUACGACGGCAGGAGCACCAACCGGUCUCAGUCAAGGAACGGUUGAUUAUGUAUACCUGAAGAACGUGCUCCUCCAGUUCCUCGAGCAGAAGGACAAGGGGCACCAAAGGCAGUUGAUCCCAGUGCUGGGCAUGUUGUUACAUUUCGACAGGAAGGACGAACAGAAAUGGAUCGCGGCGAUCUCGACCCGGUGA